AUGGCUGUAGAAAUACAAAAUGCACAACCUGGAGAGCCCAUUCAGCACACAGCACAUCAUGAUCUUGAGUCCUUCUACUACAUUAUUUUAGCUAUGUGCAUUCUACUGGAGCAGCCCUACCAAUUCAAGGACGAAGUGUUUAUGGAGCGGAAGGUAAUCAGGAAAUGGCUCAAUCAUGAAUUCGACACCAAGUUCACCUGUGCAGAUGCAGCGCAUCACAAAUUCACAACAUUUGGCAAGGCUGAUAACCUCCGUAGUUUCCUUGACGGACAUAUCGAUGUUCAUUCCCAAGAGCAACAAGAAGAUAAUAGAGAAGAAGCUAGUGGAUUAGACAUGUUAAUAGAUGAUGAGCAUAUGGAGGAGGCAAUUGGCAAAGUACUACAGGAGUUGCAAGAGGAUCUUUUUUCAUUCAUUCCAAUCGCACAUUCUAAUAUUAAUGAUGAUGGGGAAAACACAGCAGGCCCAUCCCUUCAUCAGAACUCAAUAGUCCUAGAUGACAAUGAGGAUGAACGUAUGGAACAUCCCACAGCUGGCAAGGUCAUAAGCAUGGACGAGACUUUACAUCAGAGGUGGAGAAGAGAAUUCAUUGCAGCAGGUGGGGAUGGUGAAGAUGUAGAAAUGGGUGAAGCUUUAGACCCCAAGUUCUUCCCCUUUGCCUUGGAGACGGAUUGGAGAGUAGCAUGUUGGGAAAUUCAAGAUGGUAUAGGACACCAGUCUUUUAAUCAGCUGUUAAGUAUCCCAGGUGUCAGUGAUUUCAUGAUUUUUAUGAAUCUUGCUUAUACUAUUGCCAGGGCUGAAUGGAAAUCAACUAUGAUAUCUUUUCCUGAUACUCUGAAUGAUACAUACCUUAUCCAGUAUAGAGAUAUACUUUCAGCCAUCACGACUCUCCUUGAGAACCCUGCACAUGCCAAACAUAUAGUCUAUAGCCCGAAAAAGAUUUUCACCAAUGUGAGGAAAGAAUCAAGGGUUUAUCAUGAAAGGCAGAUGGGAAAAUGGUGGCAUGCUAUUCAGGUGAGCAUGAUUCUGUAUCUCCCACUUACAGUGACUUACAAAAUCUUUGGAAUAGGCUCAUCUACCAUGUUCUUCCAUCACCUAUUUCGGCUGGAGGAUGAGCAUGGAUAUCGGGCACAACGAACACAGAGACACUCACAGAUGUUGGCAGCUUUCCUGAAUGGAUCUUCGGUAUCCCAUCCCAUAGGCGAAACGGUUGAGCUAAUUUAUCUAAAUGCUCAGCAGACUCCCUAUCGAGCAGGUAUUAACCCUGAAGAUGAUGAAAACACAUAA